UCCCACGCAAGGGCUACCGGAGCGACAGACAGGGUUUAGGAAUUCAAGCCGAACUGUAGCUGGAUCAGCAGCGAACAAGUGAUUCAAGUCGAUCUGACUUGUGGGUUUUGGGCUGUACCUCAGAAUUCGUAGAAAGAUCGCGAGAACAGAAGGUUUUCGCGAUUUUUAGAGGUGAUCGAGGGCGUUGUGCGAGUGCGUUCAGAGAGGGGGCAAUGUUGUAUGUUGUGGGCUUGGGGCUUGGUGAUGAGAAGGACAUCACGUUGAGGGGGUUGGAGGCUGUUCGGAAAUGUGACAAAGUGUAUUUGGAGGCGUACACCUCCUUGCUGGCGCUCGGGCUUGGCCCUGAUGCCACCACGACGCUGGAGAAGAUUUAUGGGCGACCAGUUGUAGUUGCUGAUCGUGAGUUGGUCGAACAGGGCGCUGAAGGAAUUUUAGAGGAAGCUCGCACCCUGAAUGUGGCAUUUCUAGUCGUUGGUGACCCGUUUGGAGCCACAACUCACUCGGACUUGCUUGUCAGAGCUAAGACCUUGGGCAUUGAUGUCGAGGUAGUGCACAAUGCGUCGAUUAUGAACGCAGUUGGAGCUUGCGGAUUGCAACUCUACCGGUUUGGGGAGGCCAUCUCGAUUCCUUUCUUCACUGAUACAUGGCGACCCGAUAGCUUCUAUGAUAAAAUCGAAGCAAAUCGGAAAAUCGGGUUGCACACAUUAUGUCUCUUAGACAUCCGAGUGAAGGAGCAAUCAGUUGAAGCUUUGUGUAGGGGUAGGAAAGAGUAUGAGCCUCCUAGAUACAUGAGCAUCAACACCGCCAUUGAGCAAUUGCUUGAAGUAGAGGAGACGCGUGCGGGCAAAGUGUAUAGUGAAGAAACUCUGUGCGUUGGAUUGGCUCGGUUGGGUACUAGCACACAAAAGAUAGUCGCCGGCUCAAUGAAGGAGCUUCUUGAUGUGGACUUUGGGCCCCCAUUGCAUAGUGUAGUUAUUGCAGGUACAACACAUGUGAUGGAAGAAGAAUUCCUGUCCUUCUACAAACCAUCAUAGAUGCUAUUAGUUUCAACUACUGUUCUUUUAUCACGUACUAAAAAUAUCACUUUGCAUUCUAUAGAAAUGGGAACGUCCAAUUGAAUGCUGUUGACCCUUAUCUAGGGUUAUUAUUCUUGGCAAUAUAUAACUUCAGGCUUGAUUCUGAUAUGAGAGCCUAGCAUUGUCAUUGCCUGUGA